CUCCCUGUGCACAGGGGAUCGAUAUCGCCUUCAUAUAUGUUUUCUGCCACUUACGGGACCAGAGGUCGCUGCUGUCGGGCGACCACUCGCCGAGGAGGUGGACCUCCAUGUAAGUGGAGCUGGUUCAUGGAAUUCUGUAUGAAGAGGAAGAAGAUGACCAAGCUGGCGUUGCUGUUGUCGGGGCCGGAGCAUGGGCUGGAGCUCCAGCUCUAUGUGUCCGACGUCCCCAUCCGGUACCUGGCCGGCGAGUACGUGGCCGAGGAUCUGUGCAUCGAGGCGGCCAAGAAAUGCGGCGUCUCUCCACUAUGUCAGAAUCUCUUCGCCCUGUACGAUCCCGUCCAGCGGCUCUGGGUUCCUCCCAAUCACCUCUUCAAGGUGGACGAGAGCACGGCUCUGAUAUUACAUUACCGCAUGAGGUUCUUCUUCUAUAACUGGCACGGCUCCAACGAGAAUGAGCCUCCUGUCUGGCGCUACUCUCCCGUCAGGAAAACUAGGAAUGGAUACAACUCCAAGAGUGUGGAGGAUGGGACUCCACUGCUGGACGCCAAUUCCUUGGAGUACCUAUUUGCCCAGGGCCAGUAUGAACUGAUCAAAGGCCUGGCUCCCGUGCGAGAUUCCAAAACCGAGAACGAGUUCCACGAGAUUGAGAACGAGUGUCUGGGGAUGGCGGUGCUCGCCAUGACACACGAGGCCCUCCGGCUCAAGAUCCCGCUUCAGGAGAUCUCCAAGGAGAUGAGUUACAAGCAGUACAUUCCGGAGGCUCUGAAUCGUCGCAUCAGACAGCGUAACUUCCUGACCCGUUGUCGGAUCAACAACGUGUUCAAGAGCUUCUUGAAGGAGUUCAACAACAGAACCGUGUCCGACAGCAGAGUCUCCCCCCACGACCUGAAGGUCAAGUACCUGGCCACACUGGAGUCUCUGACUAAGCACUUCGGUGAGGAGAUCUACAAGGCCACCAGCCUGCUGGUGUGCGUGGAGAGCGAGGCCGUGACAGCCGGUCAGUACCAGCCCGUGGAGAAGGAGCAGAAGGAGAGAGAGUACGAGGUGAUGGUCACAGGAGGAGCGGGCAUCAAAUGGAGACGUGUUACCAACGAGCCGGUGGUGAACAACAAGGAGAAAGUGAAGAGCAAGAAAGGGAAGAGCGGGGGGAAGAGUGUGCGGAGCCCGGACACCAAGUCCUCCAGUGAGACCUGGACCAUCUUCUCGGACUUCUUCGAGAUCACUCACAUCGUCAUCAAGGAUUGUAUCGUCAGCAUCAACAAGCAGGACAACAGGAAAAUGGAGGUGACAAUGGCCAGUUACACUGAGGCUCUGUCCCUGGUCUCCCUUAUUGACGGCUAUUUCAGGCUGACGGUUGACGCUCACCAUUACCUGUGCACAGAGGUGGCCCCGCCUUUGGUUGUCCACAACAUUAAAAAUGGCUGCCACGGACCCAUAAGGACGGAAUACGCCAUCGCCAAACUCAAGCUGGAGGGUAACGAGCACGGCAUGUUUGUCCUGCGCUGGAGCUGUACCGAUUUCAACCACAUCCUCAUGACGGUCGCAUGCAAUGCGUCCACUGAGGGCAUGGACAUCUUUGACCGAGUCAACCCGUCGAUGCCGACCAGACACUACAAGAACUUCCAGAUCGAGGUGACGCAAAACACCAGCUACAGGCUGCACGGCUCUGACACCUGCUUCUCCAGCCUCAGGGAACUGAUGAAACACCUCAAAUCCCAGAUCCUCAAAACCGAGGACGUCAGUUUCCAACUCAAGACCUGCUGCCCCCCCAAACCGAGAGAAAUCUCUAACCUGUUGGUGGUGAGAAGAGGCCGGGCACUGGACUCCCAACUUGCUGCCAACAAUACCAACCUCAGCCAGCUGAGCUUCCAUCGCAUCCCCAAGGAGGAAAUCACCCAGUUGGAGCACCUGGGCCGGGGAACGAGGACAAAUAUCUACGCGGGGACUCUGAGCUGCCGGGAAGAGGAGGAGGACGGGGGCAACGUCCAGUACAGCACCAGAGAGAUGAGGGUGGUCCUUAAGAUCCUGGACUCCGCGCACAGAGACAUCUCCCUGCCAUUUUUCGAGACGGCCAGUAUGAUGAGACAAGUGUGUCACAAGCACAUCGUUCUCCUGCACGGAGUGUGUGUCCGCAACCUGGAGAACAUCAUGGUGGAGGAGGUGGUGGAGUUCGGAGCCCUUGACCUGUUUAUGCACCGGAAAAGCGAGCACCUGAGCACGGCCUGGAAAUUCCUGGUGGCCAAACAGCUGGCCAGCGCCCUCAGCUACCUGGAGGACAAGAACCUGGUUCACGGCAACGUUUGCACCAAGAACAUCCUCUUGGCCCGGCAGGGCCUGGAUGGCGACAGCGGCCCCUUCAUCAAGCUCAGUGACCCCGGGGUGCCCAUCACCGUGCUGUCUCGCGAGGAGCGAGUAGAGAGGAUCCCCUGGAUCGCCCCCGAAUGUAUGGACGACACCAAGAACCUGAGCAUCGCCACUGACAAAUGGGGCUUUGGGACCACCCUGUGGUCUGUCUGCUACAACGGGGAGCUGCCCCUCAAGGACAGGAGCCUGGCAGAAAAGGAGAGGUUCUACGAGGCACAUUGUAAGAUGACCCCCCCUGUGUGCUGUAAGGAGUUGGCGGAGCUGAUGCAGCAGUGUAUGAACUACAACCCCCCCGAAAGACCCUUCUUCAGAGCCAUCAUGAGAGACAUCAACAGACUUCAGGAGCAGAAUCCAGACAUUGUUUAUGAGGACCAGCCGAGGGCAGAGAUUGAUCCAACUCAUUUUGAGAAGCGAUUCCUGCGAAGACUCCGAGACUUGGGGGAGGGCCACUUUGGGAAGGUGGAGCUGUGUCGCUACGACCCAGAAGGGGACAACACCGGAGAGCUGGUGGCUGUGAAAUCCCUGAAGCCGGACAGCAGUGAGGAGCACAAGGCAGACCUGAGGAGAGAGGUUCAGAUCCUCAAAACACUCUACCACGAGAACAUAGUCAAAUACAAGGGCAUCUGUACCGAGGAGGGAGGGAGGAGGAUGAAGCUGAUCAUGGAGUAUCUGCCAUCUGGGAGCCUGAAAGAGUAUCUGCCACGGUUCAAGAACAAAGUGACCUACGAGAGCAAACUGCUGUACGCACUGCAGAUCUGUAAGGGGAUGGAGUACCUGGGAUCUCUCCAGUAUGUUCACCGGGAUUUGGCGGCCAGGAACGUGCUGGUGGAGAACGAAAACCGAGUGAAAAUUGGUGACUUUGGGCUGACCAAAGCCAUCCAGACCAACAGGGAGUAUUACACAGUGAAGGACGACCUGGACAGCCCUGUCUUCUGGUACGCCCCCGAGUGUUUGAUUCACUGCAAGUUCUACAUCGCCUCUGACGUGUGGUCAUUCGGAGUCACCUUGUAUGAGCUGAUGACGUCUUGUGAAGCUCAACACAGCCCGAUGAACAUGUUCCUGAAACUGAUCGGCCCGACCCAAGGUCAGAUGACAGUCACCAGGCUCGUUCGAAUCCUGAACGAAGGGAAACGUCUCCCGUGCCCAGACAAAUGUUCCGAAGAGGUUUACAGCCAGAUGAGGAAGUGCUGGGAGGAGAGCCCUAACAACAGGACCACCUUCACCAAUCUGAUUGGGGUCUUCGAGACGCUGCUGGGCAUGAAGGGAAGAGAGAGUGUGCUGCCAGUGAGGGAUCACACAGUCCCAGCCCCCCACAGAGAUCCGCCAUGUGUCUGAGCUCCACACACGGAAACAUUUGUUUGAGCCGUGAGUCAGAGACACACGCCACACACACAUUGGAUUGCCAUCAACUGAUAUUCUGGGCGGGAGGGGUGAGGGAUUGUGGAGGGAGUGAUAUCCCGCCCUUCCUCUUCCCCCCACCCCCCCCCCCUCCAACUUUGAGGGGUGCAGCCCCUGGCUCUUGUGUAUAUAUAGAUUUUUAAAGAAAUAUUUCAGCUGUGGCUGGGAACUCAUCAAACAUUCACGCACGGAAAUGGUAGUGUAGACCUGCCAACUCAUCCCGCAAGUUAAAACAGUUAUAAAAACGUGUUAAGCAUUCUGUGUUAUGCACUUUUCUCCCUCUCUCUCGCUUUCUCUCUCCACCCACCCAAACAUCCUCUCGGAUAUUACUUACCAUUUAUAAAAUGGGAGGGGGGAAACUGGGUGAUCACCCGGGUGUCUGACAUGCGUGGAAACCCAUCACCAGGCUUACGUUUACGAAACCAGACUGUAUAGCUGUGGUUCUAAUGAGAGCAAAUCUGUAUAGAUGUGUAUAUAUGAUACAAUGUGCCUCAUUGAGUGUUUGUAUGCUCUAUGUGCCCUGUUCUGAGCUCUUUUCUUUUGGUGAUCAGCUUUAGUGACAUUUUCUCCUUUAAGGGUACAGCGAGUUGCAAGUUUGUCCUUCUUUACUUCCCCCGGGAGGGAGAAGGAAACACAGCCUGAUUUAUUCACCCCGCCUAACCGUAGGGGCCGAGAGGCUACUUACUGCAGCCCUCAGCUGAAAUCACAACUCCGACCAGGAGGUGGGAAGACAACAUCAACUUGCAUUUAUGUAGCACCCCUCACACGUGGCAAUGUCCCAGGGUGUUCAACAGUGGCGGAGCCCGAUACCGAGCCUGGGUGUGGGGGCGGGGAGGACAGAAUCAGCAUAAUCAUUGAUUUGAACCUCCGCAAACAUUGAGAACCAAAGCCAUGCAAACACUCAAUCCAUGACAGAUGGUCAGGGCUUAGCUGUGAGCGUUCAGUGUGGGAAGGGCUUUCCGUUCUCACAACCCUGCUGUCUUUUCACACAGAAGCAAUGCUGGAGAAGCCUUUCCUCCUUUAUGACCCGAUUAUGUCACAACUAUUUUUCUUUAAUCACGAAUAUCUGGAGGUCGCUGCUGUGCGGAAUUGGCUGCUGUGUUUGGCCAAUAAAAUAUACAUGCAAUUCACUUCACAGGAUAUUCUGUGAAGCACUUUGAGACGUCUCAAAUGAUAAGGCACUAUAUCAAAGGCAAGGAUUAUUCAAGUUUUUUUGUGCAUUAAUUAUCUGUGUUACAUAUUAAUUAUCUCCUGUGUUACAUACUUAAAAAAAAUUAUGUUUACAGUGCAGGGAAUUGUCUGAUUGCCAAUUGAGUCCACACUCUGUCUCUCAGGCCCACUCCACUGCCCUGAACUUAUUGCUCUACACUUGUCAUCUUUUUUAUAAUGCUUUUGCCAUUUUAUAAAUGAAGUGACUGUCGGCUUGAGUUAUCUCCAAAUGGACUUCGUUUUAAUUGCAUUCUUUCUUAUGAAAUAAAAAAAACUCAUAAAACUUG